AUGUAUUACACAGGGAAAGCAGCGCAGGUGGCUGCAGAAAUUAAAGCUUUUAGACCAUCCGUCUUCAGCAAGGCAGAUGGAACACCUCAGGACAUAUUAGACUCUACAGGAGAUGAAGACAUGAAAGAGAACUUUCACAACCAACUUCAAGCUGUUCUACAGAGAAUCCCUGAAAGACACAUCAUCAUUCUCAUGGGAAGCCUCAAUACUAAGAUUGGAAGCAACAACACAGGCUACGAGGUAAUCAUGGGGCAACAAUUGGAAGAGAUCCGUAAGGUCAUCAAACAACUGAAGUGUGGAAAGGCGGCAGGGUCAGACAACAUUCCAGCAGAAGCUCUGAAAGCAGAUGUGAAAAAUGCGGUAAAUAUAUUUUACCCACUCUUUAAGAAGAUAUGGGAGGAAUGACAGAUUCCAACAGAAUGGAAAGAAGGCUCCCACAUCAAUCUACCAAAGAAAUGAGACCUCAUCAACUGCAACAACUACAGAGGGAUAACGCUGCCAUCCAUCCCCAGCAAGGUUUUUAACAUAAUUAUUCUCAACAGAUUAAAAGACGCAGAAGACACACAGCUAUAUGAUUAGCAGGCUGGCUUCUGGAAGGAACAAUCUUGCACAGAGCAAAUCGGCACACUGAAAAUCAUCCUGGAGCAGUCCUUGGAAUGGACCGCCAACUUUAUCAACUAUAAGAAGGUGUUUGACAGUGUUGACAGAGGAACACUGAGGAAGCUGCUGAGACACUAUAGAGUUUCGGAGAAGAUCACCAACAUCAUUAGAAACUCAUAUAAAGGAAUGACUUGCAAAGUUUUCAACCUCACGAACGUCUUUCAAGGGAGAAAAAGAGUGAGAGAUGAAUGCUUGCUGUCCCCAAUCCUGUUCCUGCUGGCAAUUGAAUGGCCGAUGAAGACCUCAACAUCAGAGCGGCAGAACGGGAUACAGUGAAAACUGUGGAAACAGCUGGACCUGGAUUUUGCAGAUGACCUGUCGCUACUUUCCCACACACAUCAUGAAAUGCAAGAUAUGACCACAGCAGUUGCACCGAUAGGCUUGAACAUCAACAGAGGAAACCAAGACCUUACAAAUAAACAUCAAGAAUGGAGCACCCUUUAA